AUGAUCAAUUCGUCACAACAAAUAUCAAAUUGCUCCUAUGCGCGUUCAGUUUUUGAACACCCUUCACAAUGGUAUGAUUCGUAUCAGGAAAAUGGUACAAAAUAUCUGAAAAGUCGCAAGAAAUUGGAUGAUGAGUUGCAAAGGCAAUUGAAUGCCUGUGUGGGGGAGAUUUUUUUGGAUGGCAUACCUAGCGAAACUAGGCCGGAGAAAAUUGCCGAAAUAGCCUCUCAACUGGGUGAAGUGUAUGUGUUGCGUUUCAAAGUGAAUUUUUCAGGCGAUUCACGUGGUUUUGCCUAUUUGCAAUAUAUGAAUCCGUCAAUAAUGCAAUUUGCCAUAGCCAAAUUACCAACAUUAUUUCAUCAGAAUUCUCUGUCAAUGAUACGUGUCCGCCAGUCGCGUAAUAGUUCUGUUUUAUUGCUACGCAAAACCUAUAAUAUGACUCCAAAGGCAGUAUCGGAAGUUUUGAACCGAUUGAUAACAUUCCAUCGUUUGAUAGAGCGCGAGAUAAGUCCCGGUAAUUAUGAAUACCUUAUCGUUUUCAAGUGCAACGAAGAAGCGGUGCACGCAAGGCGUGAAUUGUUGCGGACAAUAACACAAUUUGGACGCAGUGCAGUUGUUGUAUGGGAAAAUGACAACAAGAACAAAAAGUACAACAAGGCUUCUUCCAAUUCCAACUAUAAAAAAUCAAAUCUAGAUGCUACUUCUAUACACAAGAGAUCGGAUCAAAUAUUUCAAAAUUUAGCUUCAUAUAAUGGUGGGCCUGUUGAUAAAUAUGCACAAUAUCACAGCAGUGGAACAUUCCAUAGUAAAGCUGGCAUGAACUUACCAUUGACGUUUGAGGCGAUGCAUCAACCAUUUUAUCCAACAAAUGUUUUCUUCCAAUGA